AUGAGUGGUGUUCAUGCCCCCCGGGGGGCAACUCCUGCUCCUGACGAGGACUUCAGAGUCUACUACCGACCCCGGAAUCUGUCGUCGGGAACCCACCCCCACGAUGCCUACGACGACUGCGAUGACGUGGUGGUCUCCUACCAUCCACCCCCUCGUGUGCCCACACCCACGGCACACACUGAGCCUCCCACUGCCACUACUGCCACGAGACACCUGGCGCAGAACAACAAACAUUAUUGGGACCUGCAUGCGUCGACGGAUAAGGAGGUGGGCUUGGGCACGGCCAUGACGGAGGCCACCAGUCCGCCACCUGAAGUGAGUGAGUCUGCGACGUCGACGUCGACGUCGCCGGCCAGCGAAAGUUCAGUUCAGGUGCAGCACGUGCACACGCCCGAAACGCGACACGAAGACGAACUCGACGGGGCUACAGCAGAGCAGGGCUGGGAGGCUGGAGAAGCAGAAGCAGAAGCAGAAGCAGAGGGAGGGUCACACGCGACGACACGGGAGAGCGAGCGUCAGCCGGACGACGUUGCCGCCGCCGCCGCAGCACCGCAGAAGGCGCCCGGGGUGCGCCGAGCGGCCAAGCGCAAGACGCGAGCUGCCGUGGUGGACGCGCUCAAGGUCGCGACUCUCGUGUCCGAUGGCGCGGAGGGGCAGCGCGCGCACGACGACGAAGAAGGCACCACCAGGAAGAAGGCCUUGGGCGCGGCCAAGCCCGACGCAAGCCGGCCGGUCGCGACCGAGCACACAAAAAAGAAGGAGAACAAGGAGAAGAGCGACGGGGUCGAGGGCAGCAACAAGCGGGCAGAGGAGGCGGUGCUCGAGGUGACGCUGGCCGAGGCCGAGCGGGUGUACAGACAGGCCAAGGAGCACCUCGACCUCUGCCAGGGCGCCGCCGGGGCCUACACGCGACGCGACGAGGACGAGGAGGAGAUGGCGCGCUUCUGGCAGGACCACGUCCUCCAGCGCAAGCCCGGCUCCCUCUACGUGUCCGGCAGCCCCGGUACGGGCAAGACACUCACGCUCAGUCGAGUGAUUGAGAAGAUGAAGCAGUGGGAGCGGAAGCACCGGGAGGACGCCCCCGGAUGCAUUGUGGUCGAGUUGAACGGGAUGCAGGUGAGGGCGGAGCAGAUCGAGGAGGCCAUCAUCGAGGCCAUUGCCGGGGCUCCCGGCAGGCGGCUCGAGGAUCUGCUCACGGACCCGAGGCGGCCUCACAUGACAGUGGUGGUCUUGGACGAGCUCGACCAGCUGAUCAUGGCCAAGCAGGCCGACAUCCUCUACAAGCUGUUCGAGAUCACCGCCCUGCCCCGCUCCUCUCUCGUCUUCAUAGGGGUGGCCAACGCGCUUCGGCUGAAGGAGAGCCUUCCCCUCCUGCAGACAGCCAAAUAUGGGGACGUGAAGCAGAUGACGUUCGAGAGCUACAGCGCCGCCCAGCUGCUGGGCAUCUUGAAGGGCAGGCAGGCGAAAAUGGGCUGCAGGCUCUUCGACGAUGCUGCCCUCCAGCUUUGCGCCUCGCAGGCGGCCAAGAUGUCCGGAGACGCCCGCAAGGCCCUUCACCUCGCCACGCUGGCAGUGGAGGAGGCCCUCAAGGACCUGCCCGGCAACUGGGGCAGCCAAGCCCAGCGUGGGCUGCCGCGGGUGUCGGUGCAGCAGAUGUCUCAGGCGAUGGCCGGCGCCCUCGGGCAGGUCAGCAAGCGCGUCGUGCAGAUCCGCGGGCUGCCCACCCUCCAGCAGCUCCUCCUGUGCUGCCUCGUCGUGGCCAGGGCGCAGCUCGCCACACGCGUGUCCGGCCCACUGCCCUGGAAAGUGGUGUUCGACACCUACAAGGCCGUGUGCACGCGAGACGGUUUCGGCGCCGUGACGCCGAGCGAGUUCAGUGACAUGUGCGCCGCACUCGAGGGCCACGCACUCAUUACGACCACCAAGGCCAAAGGCAAAGGCAGCCAGCAGGGCCUGCUCCUACAGGUGUCAGACAGCGAGCUGCGAUCGGCGGUGCAACCGACCAGGUCGCUGGCGCGCGUGCUCCCCGACGCGGCAUGA